AUGAAAACCAAUGGUUCUUUUGUAACCGAAUUCAUAAUAUUAGGACUGUCCAUCCGUCCAGAACUUGAAACAUUUAUAUUUAUUUCAUUUCUAAUUAUAUACACUGUUGCUAUAACAGGUAAUUUAAUUAUUCUAAUACUGACCAAUAUUGAUCCUGGACUUAAUACACCUAUGUAUUUCUUCCUUGGUUUCUUGUCAUUUCUUGACAUUUUCUCUACAUCAGCUACUUUACCUAAGAUGCUGACUGGCUAUGUAUCUAAGAAGAAGACAAUUUCAUAUUAUGGUUGUGUUGCUCAGUUAUUUUUCUUCACAUGGCCAAUGGGUGUUGAGCUUUUAUUACUUACAGUGAUGGCUUAUGACCGCUACGUCGCAAUCAGAAACCCAUUACGCUAUGCUGCAAUUAUUAAUCGAAGAGUCUGCAUCUAUGUGGCAAUUAUUAUUUCAUUCAUUGGCUCCAUGAAUUCUAUGACACAUACCUAUUUUACCUUCAGACUCCCUUACUGUAAUGAUAACAGGAUAAAUCACUUCUUCUGUGAGAUAAUGCCUUUACUUAAAUUGGCAUGUGCAGACACCUAUUUGAAUGAGAUUGUUGUCUUCACUGCUGAUGCUAUCCUUGGCAUGUUUUGCUUUUUUCUCACUUGUAUAUCCUAUGUGUUUAUCAUCAAUACUAUAAUGAAAAUACGUUCUGCUGAAGGCAAGCGUAAGGCUUUUUCAACCUGUGCCUCACACAUCACAAUAGUAUCCAUGUAUUAUGGUGCAGUGAUUUUCACUUAUAUCCGUCCAAGAUCCAGUCUGUCAUUGGAAAGAGAUAAAAUAGUGUCUGCACUUUAUGCUGUAAUUACUCCAACUCUGAACCCUAUUAUAUACAGCCUUAGGAAUAAUGAAGUAAAAAACGCAUUCCAAAGGUUUGUCAGAAAUACUCUUCACAAGUAA